UUUCGUUCCUCUUUUUCUUCUCAGCUCCCCACACUCACGCAAGGAAGAAUCUCUCUCUCUCUCUCUCUCUCUCUCUCUCUCUCUCUCUCUCCUUCCUUCCUUUCUUCCUUCUUUCUCUCUCAUAGCUUUCAAGACAGAAGAUUCUACGUCUCAAAUGUCUUUCUAAGGUGGGGCUUCUUUUGUAAUUAUUACUAUGGAUUCAAAACGAUCAGGAGGGGACGGGCCUGGGAACAGGCCUGUGCGGACGAGUGAUAGGCUGCGGCGGCGGCCGUCCGUAUUCGGACGGCCGUACCUGUAUUACAAUCCGACAAUUCGGAAGAAGAACAAGACCAAGAGGCGGACUGCGGCUUCCCAGAUCGCCAAGAUGUUGCGGCCUGGGCGCCACCGGCCUGUGCGGACACCUGGUUCGGAUUCAAUUGCAACAAACCUUCGGCGUUCUACCAGGAAAAGGAAGAUUUCUUUCAAUCUGGAGGAUUAUGAUACAGACAGUUCUGGAACUGAAGACGACGACCUAAUGAGGCCAAGGUUCCGUUCUUCUAAAAGUAAAAUUGAAAUUAGUGCUAGUCAGGAUGAUCUGUCUACACCACCAAAUCGUAAAAAGACCACAGAGAAUAAAUCACUUCCACGUCGUGAAGGGCUACGUCCUCGACGAUCUACAGUGGUGGCAAGAGUGCAGUCAUAUCAGCAGCCAUAUCAAGAGUCCGAUGAUGACCAGGAUUCUUCUGAAGAGCAGGUUGGCAAAGAUGAAGCAGAAAAUGGGAAUGAUGUUGAGGGUGAUGGUGGGGAUGAAGGUGAGGGUGAGGGUGAGGAUGAAGGAGAGGCGGAGGGGGAGGAGGAGGGUGGCGAUGAAGGAGAGGAGGAUGGGGAUGAUGAAGAUGGUGAAGAAGAACAGGAGGGAAGAAGGCGAUAUGAUCUCCGUAAUCGCUCAGAGGUUCGCCGAUUCUAUCCAGAGAAAGAAGGAAAACAGAGACAGCGUUCUCCUCGCAGGGUGCUGCAUCAAGGAAUGAGUGCCAAGAGCAGCAGGGAGGUAAGAAAGGGCAGUUCUCGUGUCCAUAAGCGGCUUCGAUUAACAAGAGAUGAAGAUUCUGAUGACUCUCUUCUUGUGGAUGAGCUGGACCAAGGUCCCAGUAAUCCUUGGACUCGAGGUGGAAGUAGGGGUGGGGCACCAUGGCUCUUUGGUGGACUAGACAUGCAUGGGACAGCAGCAUGGGGAUUGAAUGCUGCUGCAUCUGGCUGGGGUCACCAAGGUGAUGCUUUUGCUUCUCUGACUACAGGUGUUCAAACUGCUGGGCCAAGUUCAAAGGGUGGUGCAGACAUUCAACCAUUACAGGUCGAUGAAAGCGUAAGUUUUGAUGACAUAGGAGGACUUUCAGAGUACAUUGAUGCUUUAAAAGAGAUGGUGUUUUUUCCCCUGCUCUAUCCAGAUUUCUUCGCGAAUUAUCACAUCACUCCACCAAGGGGAGUCUUGUUGUGCGGUCCUCCUGGCACAGGAAAAACAUUGAUUGCAAGAGCAUUAGCUUGUGCUGCAUCAAAGGCUGGUCAGAAGGUCAGUUUUUACAUGCGCAAGGGAGCUGACGUGCUCAGCAAAUGGGUUGGUGAAGCAGAAAGACAACUGAAAUUGCUUUUUGAAGAAGCUCAAAGGAAUCAGCCAUCCAUUAUUUUCUUUGAUGAGAUAGAUGGCCUUGCUCCUGUUAGGUCUAGCAAACAAGAACAAAUUCACAAUUCUAUCGUGUCGACUUUACUUGCAUUGAUGGACGGUCUUGAUUCUCGCGGGCAGGUUGUAUUGAUUGGUGCCACCAACAGGAUUGAUGCCAUAGAUGGAGCUUUGCGUCGUCCUGGGAGGUUUGAUCGUGAAUUCAAUUUUCCUUUACCAGGUUGUGAGGCACGUGCUGAAAUAUUAGACAUUCAUACACGGAAAUGGAAAGACCCCCCUACAAAAGAACUUAAGAUGGAACUUGCAGCUAGUUGUGUCGGUUAUUGUGGAGCAGAUUUAAAGGCUCUAUGCACAGAAGCUGCCAUACGGGCAUUCCGUGAAAAGUAUCCUCAAGUAUACACUAGCGAUGACAAGUUUGUCAUUGACGUAGAUUCAGUUAAGGUUGAAAAAUAUCAUUUCCUGGAAGCUAUGUCUACAAUUACUCCUGCUGCUCACAGAGGCUCCAUUGUGCACUCAAGGCCGUUGUCAUCUGUUGUUGCUCCUUGUUUACAAGGACAUCUCCAGAAACUCAUGGAUCACAUAUCCGAGAUAUUUCCUUCUCUUGCAGCAUCAGAUGCUGUGAAACUCCCUGUUUUUUCCUAUGGUUCUGCAGUUCCUGUUGUGUAUAGGCCUCGGCUUUUGAUAUGCGGUGUUGAAGGUGUUGGCAUGGACCAUCUUGGGCCUUCUGUUUUACAUGAACUGGAGAAGUUUCCUGUUCAUUCUAUUGGCCUCCCAUCGCUGCUUUCGGAUCCAAGUGCAAAGGCACCAGAGGAGGCAUUGGUACAUAUAUUUGGUGAAGCAAGGAGAACAACUCCUUCAAUACUCUAUCUACCUCAAUUUCAGCUUUGGUGGGAGACUGCCCAUGAGCAGCUGAAGGCAGUCUUGUUGACUCUUUUGGAGGAGUUGCCGUCUGAUAUGCCGAUACUAUUACUUGGAACAUGUUCAGUACCAAUUUCAGAACUAGAUGAAGAGUCUUCUUCAGUAUUUGCUGCCCGUAAUGUGUAUCAGGUGGAGAAACCAUCUGCAGGGGACAGGACAAUGUUUUUUGAGCGGUUGCUUGAAGCUGUUUUCUCUAUCCCAUCUGAAGGCAUGUCAAAUCAGUCCAAAGAGCCAACAGCUCUUCCGGAACUUCCCAAAGCACCAAAGGCCCUGAGUGGUCCAAAAGCUUCAGAGAUAAAGGCCAAAGCAGAAGCCGAGCAGCAUGCCCUUCGCCGACUUAGGAUGUGUCUCCGUGAUGUUUGCAAUCGGAUUCUGUAUGAUAAACGUUUCAGCGUGUUCCAUUAUCCAGUCAUGGAUGAGGAUGCACCCAAUUAUCAUUCAAUUGUUCAAAAUCCCAUGGACAUGGCCACUGUUUUACAGCAUGUAGACUGCGGACAGUAUCUUACAUGUUCAUCAUUUCUUCAAGACAUUGACCUUAUUGUUGCCAAUGCAAAGGCUUAUAAUGGAGAUGACUACAAUGGUGCUAGGAUUGUUAGCAGAGCUUAUGAACUUCGAGAUGCAGUGCAAGGGAUGUUGUCACAGAUGGACCCAGUACUUGUUACAUUUUGUGAUAAGAUUGGUGAACAGGGAGGGCCAAUGCAUGUGCCAGAUGAUAUGGGGGGCUUGGGUAUUCCAGCAAUGCCUGUUGUUCAACUGGCGAAUGUUACUAGAACAAGUGCCCGUCUUCGUCAUGUCCAACCAGAGAUGAAUUUGUGUCAGAGUUAUGAAGCAUUGAAGCGAACAAAAAGGAACAUUGACACCGAGCAAGCAGGCACAAACAUCGGUUCAUCUGUUGAAGACAAGUCACGGCCUGCAGAACAGGAACCAACAAAGCCCACACCUUCUCGGCCAUCAUCAUCCCAAGAACCCGAUAUGAAUGGCCCACCAAAUAGGCCAGAAGAUUCCCCAACCAAUGGUGAGCAACCGGAAGUUUCUGAAAACACUUCUGGUCUCUCCACUCGGGACAGGCACCAGGAGGAUGCUUUGAUGGAAGACCAAGAGGUCUCUGGCCAUGUUGAGACUCUGAAGCAGCAUCUGCUAGAAUGCACAGAAGGCUACAAUGUGCCACAGCUGGAGAGGCUCUACACGCGUGUAAUGAAGGGGGUGGUUGAUUUGAAAGGUAAAGCAGAAGAAGGCUAUAAGCCUACAAUUUUGAAGUUUAUGUUGAGGUUUGUUGAGGACAAGGGGAAUUUCUGAUACCCCAUUUUUCUCCCUCUUUUUUCUUAAUUCUAUUAAAUUUUUUUAUUUUUAUUUUUAUUUUACGCGUCUUCUGUUAAAUUCUUUUUUCCUGCUCCUUUAUCAAUGUUGAGAUUUGAUCUUUGUAGUAUGAAUUUUGAUUGCUUCUCAAGCUAUUACAAUAGCAUUGAGUGGUUAGCCAUAUUACAUGCAUUCUCUUAUUCUUGCUGAA